AUGGCGGCAAACGCUCUGCGGGGGUGGUUACAGCAAUGGAGGGAAAACAACUGGCAACAACGGGGCAAACCCGUCUGGGCUGCCCCAGUAUGGCAAGACAUCACUGCUCAGCUGGAGAAACUAGUUGUGACGGUGUGCCAUGAAAGGCAGAGAGGCCAGUGCUGGCUCCCAGGAGGAGCAGAGGAGCUCUCUCACGUGCUGACACAGCAGCAGAGCAGUGCUGAAGCGCAGGCCUACUCCCUCGCCUUGCCCGAGAGCCUCAACUGCCUGGCCCAACCACCUAGCUGUGGUUCUACUGAAAAUUGUAACCAAGAAAACUCUCCCAACGAAAUGAUAACUCCCUGCCUAUAUGUACUGCGCACGACGUCAGUAAGGUAUCGAAUACCUGUUAACCGGCCUGGGUCAGCUGCCCAAGCUGUAGCCCUUCCUACUGCCGCAUCAAAGUUAACCCUAUCCUUGACCAAAUCAGUACACCAGGUCUGUCGCUCUGCGAGUGGGCGAUCGGCUGGCGCAUCCGCGGAAAGCCGGCGCGCUCCGCACGCCUCUGCGCCCGCCAUCACGGGAACGAGCUGCAGCGAGAGGAGGGAGAGCGCCUGCGCGGCCAGGGCCACCACUAAGUGGCUGGAAAGGGGCCGUGGCCCGGCGGCGGAGAUGGCGCGGCGCGCCGUGAAGGGGUUGCUGCUGCUGGAGAUCGGGGGAGUGCUCGGAGCCAUUCUGCUCUACCGCGCCAUGGACUGUAGCCAAGACUUCAGAUAUGCAAUGCAGAAGAGGUUUCCAUCAAUCCUUGAAGUGUAUUACAAAUCCAAUGAGUGGUCUGGCAUUCAUGGCAUAAGGGAGAAGGACCAAAUGACAUGGUUAAGCAGCAAGAACUGAACCCUCUGUGCCUGAACUGUUUCUUCUUCUUGAUGCUUUUCACAUCUCUGUUGUGAAGCCACUUGUCACGUUCUAUUUCCCACUGGAUCUGUUUGGCAUCUGUAAGAGGAGAGGUGAGACCUGAGGAGCUGACAGAUACCUCUGACCGUGAUGUGGAACACAGAUGAAUCAUGUAAAAGUUAAAACCUGGCUGUUGUAUUUAUAAACGUUAAUAAAAUGCAAGCUGAUGAUUUUUUUUUUGACACCAAAGAAA